GGAGUUGUGGCAUGGCGCCCGCCUUGCGCACAUGGCUACUGGCCUCUCUAGUGGUGCUUUCGGUGGGCGAUACCGAGGGAUUUGUGGCUCAGCCUGCUGUUGUCAGAAAGUGUCCUUCAACAGGCCUCGCCUCGUCAGGCACAGCUUCCGCAAGUGCCACGGCAGCUUCGGGGCAGAAAGUCCUCGACUUCGCCAUUGUGGGUGGUGGCCCUGCUGGACUUGCGGCAGCCGUGGGGUUAAAAGAAAAGGGGCUGAACGUGAAGGUCUUCGAAGCCGCCCCAAAGUUCUCUGAGAGAGGGGCAGCCGUCUUCCUCCAGUCGUUUGGGCUUGCAGAGCUCGACAAGAUCCAGCCGGGGUUGGCGGCGGAGGCUGUGGCUGCCGGUCGUGAGGUUGAAACACUUCAUCUCACCCGGCCCUCCGGCGAGACGAUCGCUAAGGUGGACAUGACUCCUAUCACCAAACUGGUGGGCUACCCGUUCAUUGGCAUUUCCCGGCACGCGUUGCAGAAGGUCCUGCUGGGCCAUCUGGAGGAUGACGAUGUUGAGCUGGGGGCGCGCCUUGAGAGACUCGAUACCGAUGAGGGGGAAGGGAUCACGGAGCUCCGCUUCCGGGGACAAAGCGAGGUCGUGCGUGCUCGGGCAGUGAUAGGAGCGGAUGGGCGAAGAUCCAUCGUGCGAAAGAAGGUCUUGGCGGCCGAAGAAAGAAACUGCGACUGGGCACUGACCUGGUGGGCCUUGGCAGAUAUCCCAGAACCUGCCACACCCAAAGGGGAGUUCCGCAUGUCCUAUUCCACGAAGCAGGCCAUCUAUUACGGCGAGGUAGAGGAAGGGGUGACCAUGUGGUCAUUCACGUGUUGGAGAGACGGUGAGAUAGAACGCGACCCGGAACUACGGGCAGGGCGGGCGCUGAAGGAGUUGGAAGGGUGGCCGGAAGAGGUGCGGAAUGUCGUCCGAAACACGCCUCCGAACAAGAUCAUCGAAGUUUACGUGGGAGACAGCCCCUUGCAAUGGACGACGUGGAGCAAGCAGCCUGGGGUUAGCUUGAUGGGCGAUGCUGCCCACUCAAUGCUUCCGACUUUGGCGAUGGGAGUGACGACAGCCCUACAGGACGCCGCAGCCCUCACCAAAUGCAUCGAUAACGCGGACACGCCGCUAAUGGAGGCGUUGAAGGAAUACGAAAACGCACGUCGAGUUCCAUCGGCCACGCUACAGUUGAUAAGCCGUGUUGCCAUGGUGUUCAUUGAAAAUGUAUUGUGCGGCUAAGAGGCCGAUUUUCUUGUGAAAUAUGAGCAACCUCGUCCCUCAGUCGUUUCGCUGGUUCACGACAAUUAUAGCUCGAUCCACCGAAACGUUUGUCCGUCUAUUCCGAGACACAUAUAGCUGGUUGCCCCGAAUAUUCAGUUGCUCACCUCGUUAAAACCAUUGUCCGGCAUGCCACCUGCUGCGGUCUGCCUGUUUGGGGGCUUCCUCUGCUCCAUAUUUA